CCCGCCCCACGCGCCGGCUCGUGUUCCGGUUCGCGCCCGGCCUCCGGCCCGUGGCCCCGGGCGCUCUCCUCAUCGCGGCGUGGGCAGCGGCCCUCGGCACCAGCACCAUGCUCUUCUACUCCUUUUUCAAGUCCCUUGUGGGCAAGGAUGUGGUCGUGGAACUCAAGAAUGAUUUGAGCAUCUGUGGGACCCUGCAUUCUGUGGAUCAGUAUCUCAACAUCAAACUAACCGACAUCAGUGUCACAGACCCUGAGAAAUACCCCCACAUGCUGUCAGUGAAGAACUGCUUCAUCCGAGGCUCGGUGGUGCGCUACGUGCAGUUACCUGCAGAUGAGGUUGACACCCAGCUGCUGCAGGACGCCGCACGGAAGGAGGCCCUGCAGCAGAAACAGUGAUGGCAGCCCCCUUCCUCCAGUGACCCACAGCCUCAGGUCCCCUCCCAGGACCCACCGCCCCACACUCGAGGUGUAUUUUUCUAGCAGUGAUUUUUUUUUCCCCCCUUUUGUGAAAGGAGAUGAGGACGGAGAGGAGUAGCAGGGAGCAGCUCUCCUGUGUAGAACAGGCUGGGAAACUGUAUAUCCAUCCCAGUCCCCAGUCCCUGGGGAUGGUGGGAGAGUCUCCGGGUCUUUCUUGAACAGCCUGAUUCAUUUUGGGGAUGGAAAGAAUCUGUCCCGCAUCGGGAAUAAAACUAUGAUGCAUA